GCCUGAUGGGAGGUUGUGCGCCAACGGCCCAGGCCCCUCGGAUAACUGUCCAUUAACCACUCCAUCUCCCAUGAUUCUUCUAUCAUCAUGGCAAAACGUUUUACUGGAAAGCGAGAAGCACAACUCACUUAGGCCAUCCGCCCAGACAGCAGCUUCGAAAGAUACACAAUGGCGGGUAUUGAGAUCGCUGGCAUCGCGCUCGCGUCAGCCGGUGCAGCACAGCAGCUCUUCGAUUGCGGCCAGAGGAUCUAUAAGAGAAUCAAAAACGAGAGACAGCUGAACCUACUGCUGCGCGAGAUCCAAAUGUUUGAGGUGGACGACAAUCGCCGGAUGCACAGCAACUACAUUCAAGCCGUGCAGCCGGUGCUUCGCAGCCAGUUGGUCGACCCGGCAGACAAAGAACGAAUUUUACGGCGAUGGAAGCAGAUACAGAAUCACCUAAUCCGCAUAGACGAUCUUAUAGACGUCAUGAUUGAAAACUCGUCCGUUCUCGACUUCCGAGCCCGACAAAAGGCGAGGAACGAGCUACGGGACAUGGGCGGCACCCGAAUUCUUACCGGUCUCUUCGCAGAGUUCCGAGACGAUGCGGCGUUACUCCAGAAGAUGCUUUCUGACGAUCAGCCGACGUUUCUAUCCGGCAGGGACUUCACUUACAUCGACACCCCCGACAAUGGAGCCUACGGGGAGGGCUUGUUCCUGCGCAAGGGGAGGCUAACGAGAGCCACAGACGGCAGCCAGACGAAAUGGUUCCUCGUGGAAUCCAAGCCCAUCAAAGAGGAGGACGACAAGGCCCUUGCCAAAGAAGACGUGGAGAUACUUGCAGGGCGGCUCGCGCGGGCGCAGACGGAUCGCGGCAUCUUCCAACUGCUUGGAUUCCGCGAGGAGUUCCAUCCUAGCUACAGGGGCUUCGAGCUAGUGUUCAACGGCGGCUUCGACUGCAACAAGCUGCCACCGAGACUUUCUGCAUACAUGCAGACACAUCCCACGAAACCGAGUCUCAACUUCCGGGUCAACCUGUGCUGCCAGCUCGCCAUUGCCGUGCUCGAAACGCAAUCCCUUAAUCUCGUCCAUAAGAACAUCCGUCCUGAUAACAUUCUUGUCAUGGAAGCCGCUUCGUCCCCGCUGGCCACGACCGACGAGUUAAUCCCCGCGAUCAACCUUUCCGGCUGGCAAUACGCCCGCCAUACCGAGGAGGGCUACGUUACCAGGCUGCGCAACGAGGUGUCUCUGCAGCGCAAGGUUUAUCAACAUCCGGAGCGCCAGCUGCCGACGUCCGACCACGACUACUCAAUGGCACACGAUGUCUACAGCCUUGGAGUCUCCAUGCUCGAGAUACUGCGGUGGAAGAGUGUUCUUGUACCCGGGAAGCAUGCCGGCGAGUCGGAAUCUGUCUCGGAAGACUUCAUCGCCGCGUUCCGAGCACUCAAGUUUUCUCCCAACGAGGCCGAUGCGCGAGACCGCUACACCAAGUUCCCGAGACAGAACAAGGCAGUUUUACUUCGUCUGAAUGAUAUAUGCGUCCCCGUCGAGGCGGGUACCAAGAUGUCAAACACCAUUCACGGGUUUCUGACCUGCCUGGAUGAGAAAAAGCACGCGAGGGCGACCAGCGACGAAGCCGAGGGGGAUAAGUACCUCGGGGAGUACAGUUCGGAUGCAUCGACGAAAAGGCAGGAACAGGCCACUAGAUUCAUGGAUACCGCAUUGAAAGAUCUGCUAACUGUCCUCCGCUCGCUAUGAUGGCGCGAUCAUUGGCUUUGGAUAGACUUCUUACUUCUCUUUACAUGUUCCUCGGCGGUUGCUUACCGGAAUAAAAUAUCGAGUUUGUUGGGAAAUUGCUGAUAAGUAAAGUUGAAACUAAUAACGGUUACGGCUGCAUACCCCGGAGCUUGACGGACGAGGGUGCUCGACGCCUGUCUCUAGGUAGUCAAUUGGUAGGCCCAUAUGAGAGGUCAUCAGAUGAAAAUUUCCACCUGGGUCUCGGCAAGCUAGCAGUUAGUCAUGUUGUCUGGAUAGACGUAUGCAUUCUGUUCAUUGUUAUCCUCUAGGUCAAGAGCGCCUAUUAUCCCAUCGGGCGCGAACGGACCUCACUAACCCCUGUGAGGGGUAGGGCCGCCGAAAGCCAAUAGUUUCAAG